GUGAUAGAAUAUAUAACAAAAUUUGGAUGUAGAUGAUUAAGAAAAUGUUACCAUUUCAAUUAGGAAAUUGAUCCUGCAUAUCUCUAGUGAAUAAAGGGGAAUAAAGAAUUAUCCUUGUCCAUCUUUCUCAUUUUCCUUCCUACUGCAGCAAAGAAGAAAUAUGAACAGAGAAAAAAAGCACGAAAGAAAAUUAAUAAAUAUAUUUAUGGAAUUUGAUUGAAUUCAAUUAAGAACAUAUCUAAGGUAAAUAUGUCAUCUUUUCUUAAUUUUUAAUUUGAGUCAAAAUCCACUGUUAAAGUAUGUGUAUAGAGUGCAAUGUGUGAAAGAAAAUAUUAAAAAAUCCUUCAAAAUGAAAUUAACUUAUCUACUUAUAAAAAUAAUCUGGAGAAUGGAAAAUCUUUGGUGUAUCUUUGGUAUUCCUUUUGAAAGUAAGCCUCUACUAUUAGUAUAAAUUUGAAUUUGGACCUGAAAUUACCUAAUUAAAAUCGUGCAACAAAAAGUGAGGAACGAAAAGCCCACCAAAGGCAAAUAAUCCAUUGCGCCAUCUCUAAUGGCAACCUCUUCUCUGCUUCCUUUCCCUUCUCUUCAAACACAGCUUUCAUCAUCCAAAAACCCUGUGUUGCUGUCUUCCACGUCCAAGACGACAUACAGACCUCCGGUUAGAUUUCGUCCGAUCAUCGCCUCCGUGUCUGAGAGGCCGCAGCCGAUCACGGUUCCUGAACCUGACGCCAAGAAGAAGCUUCCGCUACGGGAAAUUCCUGGUGAUUAUGGAGUCCCCUUUUUCGGCCCAAUCAAGGAUCGACUUGAUUACUUCUACAACCAAGGCCGAAACGAGUAUUUCAAGUCAAGAAUGCAAAAGCACCAGUCAACGGUGUUCCGAACCAACAUGCCGCCUGGCCCUUUCAUUGCACCUAAUCCAAAGGUCAUCGCUUUGCUCGACGGUAAGAGUUUCCCUGUCCUCUUUGAUUUAACAAAAGUGGAAAAGAAAGAUCUCUUCACCGGAACCUUCAUGCCGUCCGUCGAACUCACUGGCGGCUACCGAGUCCUCUCGUAUCUUGAUCCCUCCGAACCGGGCCAUGCCAAGCUGAAAGAACUCAUGUUCUUCCUCCUCAAGUCACGUCGCGAUCACGUGAUCCCGGCGUUCGAGACCAGCUAUGGCGAGUUAUUUGACACGCUCGAGAAAGAACUCGCCGGGAGAGGCAAGGCAAGUUUUCAGCAAGUCAAUGAUCAAGCCGCCUUCAACUUUUUGGCUCGGGCCCUAUACGGUUCUAACCCGGCCGAUACAAAACUCGGGCUUGACGGGCCGAAGUUGUUUGGCAAGUGGGUAGUGUUUCAACUCGGUCCUCUACUCACCCUCGGCCUCCCGAAAGUUCUCGAAGAACUCCUCAUCCAUACUUUUCGUCUUCCUGCUUUACUCGUGCAAUCCGAUUACCAGCGGCUCUACGAUUUCUUCUACGAGUCGUCCGGAUUCGUUCUAGAUGAAGCCGAGAAAUUGGGCAUCUCGCGAGAAGAAGGGUGCCACAAUCUCUUAUUCGCCACGUGCUUUAAUUUUUUCGGCGGGAUGAGGAUCCUCUUCUCCAAUAUGAUGAAGUUGAUCGGCAAAGCAGGGGUGAAGCUCCAGGUGGAGCUGGCGCAGGAGAUCAGAUCGGCGAUCAAAUCAAACGGCGGGAAAGUAACGAUGGCGGGCAUGGAACAGAUGCCGUUGAUGAAAUCAGUCGUGUACGAAGCGCUCCGCAUUGAACCGGCGGUGCCGCUGCAGUACGGGAGGGCGAAGCGGGACUUGUUGAUCGAGAGUCACGACGCCUUGUUUGAAGUGAAGGAAGGGGAGCUUCUAUUCGGCUACCAACCCUUUGCGACAAAGGACCCGAAAAUAUUCGACAGACCAGAAGAGUUUGUCGGAGAUCGUUUCGUCGGAGAUGAUGGAGAGAGAUUGUUAAAGCAUGUCCUAUGGUCGAAUGGGCCAGAAACCGAGAAUCCCACGUUGGGAAAUAAACAGUGUGCGGGGAAGGAUUUCGUGGUACUCGUGUCAAGACUUUUCUUGGUGGAACUUUUCCGGCGGUUCGAUUCAUUCGACGUUGAGGUGGGUGCGGCGCCGUUGGGUGUGGCGAUCACGGUAACGUCGUUGAAGGGGGCAAGCAAAGGAAAGGGUAAAAUCGGAAUGUAAUUUGACUUCCACCGUUGAAAGUGGCUUUUUAGGUCUGGUUGUACCAUUUCUAUAUUUAUCAUCGCACUGUGUGGACUGUAGAGUAGUAGACGACAACAUUUUUUCUUUUUUUAAGAUAAGACUGGUGUUGAUGA